GACGAUAAAUCUAUCAAUCCAUCUUCUAAUUUCUUUAAGCUCGUGGACCGUGCUCGCGGGGCCUUCAACGGAGGGCGCACACUCUCCGUAGAGUUUCGCCGACGGCAACUCCAGCAGCUCGGCAAGAUGUAUCGCGAAAACAGGCAGAUCUUCCUCGAUGCUCUCAAAUCCGAUCUCAAUAAGCCAAAGUUAGAAGCCACCAUGAUGGAAACCCACCACCUUGAGGACGACGUGAAUUUCAUCCUUAACCGCCUGGACAAGUGGGUGCGCACGGAGGAGGUGCCUUCGAAGGUGCCCCUGGACAAGAGCCUUAUAUACAACGAGCCCUACGGUGUGGUGCUGGUGAUGGGGGCCUGGAACUAUCCCCUGCAGCUCACCAUGUUGCCCGUGGCAGGAGCGAUCGCAGCGGGCAAUGCCGUUGUGAUCAAGCCUUCCGAAGUCUCAGCCGCCACAGCAAGCGCCAUCGCCAAGCUCGUUCCUCAGUACCUCGACAAGGAUUGCUACCCCGUGGUCUGCGGCGGAAUUCCUGAAACGACUGAACUACUGAAGGAGAGGUUCGACUAUAUCUUCUACACGGGGUCCACCACGGUCGGGAAAAUCGUAAGGGACGCUGCUAACAAGUUCCUGACGCCCACGACACUCGAACUGGGAGGCAAGAGCCCAUGCUACAUCGACAACACGGUGGACAUAACCGUGGCGACGAAGAGGAUCCUCUGGGGCAAGAUGAUCAACCUCGGGCAGACGUGUAUCGCCCCGGACUACAUCCUUUGCUCGAAGGAAGUGCAGGAGGAGUUCUUGAAGACGGCGAAGGAGGUCCUAAAGCAGUGGUACGGCGACGAUGCCCGGGAAUCGAAGGACCUGUGCAGAAUCGUGGCUGAGCGGCAUGUGGAGCGUCUGGCAACCUACCUCGAUGGUGGAAAAGUGGCGAUUGGAGGGAAAUACAAUGUGGAAGAGAAGUGGAUGGAGCCGACGUUACUGGUGGAUGUGGACGAGAAGAGCAAAGUGAUGACGGAGGAGAUUUUCGGACCGAUUCUGCCCAUCAUUAAUGUCAAAAAUCAUGUGGAUGCCAUUGAGUUCAUUAACAAGAGAGAGAAACCCCUCGCUCUCUACGUGUUCUCCACCAAGAAGGACCGACAGGAAAUGUUCAUGAGACAAGUGCCAUGCGGAGGGGUUACUCUUAAUGACACUAUUUUCCACGUUGCGAGCACCGACCUUCCAUUCGGAGGAGUGGGCAAUAGUGGCAUGGGGUCUUACCACGGCAAAUUCACGUUCGACACUUUCACUCACAAGAAGGCCUGUCUGAACAGAAGUUACAACUCGUUCAUUGACAAGGCCAUGCAAUUCAGGUUUCCGCCUUACACAGAGAAGGGCAUAGAGACGUUGACAUCACUACGAGACAAAGGCGAUGGCCCUGGAGUUCUCUAUUACCUCAAGAUAACCAUGACCCAUUUAGUGAGCAUGGCAUUAGGAGCACUUAUACUCUACCUUGUUCUUCAUUACGCCCAAGUUAGGGUCUGAUGCUGGAAAACAAGGGAUAAGAGCAUAAUUAAAAAAAAUAUAUAUGUAUGUGUGUGGAGGUUCGUGCGUGUGUUUAUAUAUAUAUAUAGCUUUAUAUUUUUUUGUGGUUUUGUAUGUGGAAUAUUUUUGUUUUAUGUGAAUAUAUAUAGUCAUAAAGUUGAAUCCAAUUUUGAAGAGAAUGUGAUGUGUGUUGUACUGGUUAUAGAAUUAUUGAUCUUAUAAAAUCUACAAUAAAUAUUUGUUGAAACGU